UCAAUCGAAUAAGAGGCUCGAGGAGCAGCGCGAGCCGCACGCACACCCGCGAGAGCGCGCGUUAACGGUAACACGCGACGGGAGUACACAGCGGCAGCAGCAACAACAACAAUAACGACGACGUACCGGACGUUAUUCGGCUCCAUUGGGUCGUUGGACCGAGCUGUUGUUUUUUUUAGCGGGGUGAACACCCCCCCCCGCAACCCCCUCCCACCACUGCGCAUUCCUCCAGGCACAGAGCCCGGGCAGGGAGACCGACCCGCCGGGGGAAAGGAGAGCCAAGCGGCGGCCUCUUCGCCAGGUCGGACCGGUGACUUCACCCAGCGGAGGACCGCGGCAGACGUCCCCGUUGGAUGUUUUGACUCUACCGGACUCCCCCAAACACACUCCACGCCCCCGUCCCGGAACAGACACACACCUGUGUUCCUGCGUGACGACGUGCGAUGAGCUCGCUUUGAUGAGUCAUUCGCGGUGUCGCGGUCCGAGGAUACCGACAGACCGGCGGCUGCGCCCCGACGCCGCCCGCGCGCACCCCGAUGGUGGACUAGAGUGAGGAGCCCCAGCGACCGCACGGGCCUCAUUUGGACUGGGGGGGGGGGCGGUGGUUGUGUGUGUGUGUGUGUGUGUGUGGGAGGAUGGUGGUGGUGUUAUUAGAAAAAGCUCGAUAACUGUGGAAUCUUCUAAACUCGAGUGGGGGCGGAUUUUUGGAGCGCGGAGCCCCGGAGUCAUGUCGCCGGGCCGGCGGGGGAGAAGAGAAGAACCCCGACGCCGAUCCAGCGUCCCUCCAGCACAUUCGGCUUCAUUUCACGAGCCGGAACGAAGCUCCGUCGGACCGCUGUGAUCUCGACGCGGAUGCCUUCCACGACCGACUCCGCACGAGUGUUUCUCUCGCUCGGUGACCUCUGAAUUAACCUUGCUUUUUUUUUUUUUUUUUUUUUUUGAAGAACGGCCUACCUCGUUGAUCUGCGUCGGCUCGUUUUUGACUGUUGAACUGACUCGAUUGCCUCAUGAAUCUACCUCAAACGCAACUUUAUUUUCGACGCGUCCCGGCGGCCCGACGCGUCCCCGAAUAAACACCUCAACGUCAUCGCCGCGCGCGACUGUAGGCCGAGCCCGUGUUUUCGGCGCCGCCACAGAUGGCUUCGUUCCCGGACUCGGACCUGCAGACCUGCCCGCUCUGCAAGGAGCUGUGCGGCUCCUCUGCGCCCAUCUCCUCCAGCUCUUCUACCUCGUCGUCUUCCUCGCACACCUCGUCCUCCUCCAGCCAGACCACCCGCAGGCUGCACGUCCUGCCCUGCCUGCACGCCUUCUGCAGGCAGUGCCUGGAGGGCCAGCGGAGCCCCGGGGACCCGCUGAAGCUGCGGUGCCCCACCUGCGACCAGAAGGUGUGCAUCUCCGAGGCCGGCGUGGACUCCCUGCCUUCCUCCAACUUCCUCUUCAGCAACCUGCUGGACGUGGUGGUGAGCUCCGAGGAGCAGAUUCACAACAAGAAUGGCCACCAUCUCCUCCACCACCACCACCAACAACAACAGCACAACAACCACCACCAGCAACACCACCUGCGGGGAGGCCUGGGUGGGGGCUCCUCUGGCUUCCACCACCCUCACGGAGGCCUCCUGCACCCCGGCCACCUGGGAGAGCCCCAGUGCAGCUCCUGCGACGAGGAGAACCCGGCCACCUCCCACUGCCUCGACUGCCAGGAGUACCUGUGCGACAACUGCGUGCGGGCACACCAGAGGGUGCGUCUGACCAAGGACCACUUCAUCGAGCGCCUGGGGGACAACCUCCACCUGGGCCGGGUCAACGUCAACAGCAACCCGGGGCAGCCGGGGGUGUCGGUGUCCCUCGCCCAGUCCCUGCAGAACAACUUCGCCCUGCUGUCUCUGUUCCAGGACCAAAUGAGCUUCUGCCAACACCAUGACAACGAGGUGUUCCUCUUCUUCUGCGAGUCCUGCUCGGUGCCCAUCUGUCGCGAGUGCAGCGUGGGCCGCCACAUGGGCCACACCUUCGUCUACCUGCAGGACGCCGUGCAGGACUGCCGGGCCGUCACCAUCCAGCUGCUGGCGGACGCUCAGCAGGGACGCCAGGCCGUGCAGCUGAGCAUGGAGAAGGUCCAGGCCAUGGCGGAGCAGGUGGAGAUAAAAGCCAAGGUGGUGCAGACUGAGGUGAAGGCCCUGGUGCUCCGGCACAAGAAGGCGCUGGAGGAGCGGGAGUGUGAACUACUGUGGAAGGUGGAGAAGAUCCGUAAGGUGAAGGCCAAGUCCUUGUACCUGCAGGUGGAGAAGCUGCACCAGAGUCUGACCAAGUUGGACAGCACCAUCGCCGCCGUCAGCCAGGUGCUGGACGAGGGGCGCCACCUCGACGUGCUGCUGGCCAGGGAGCGGAUGCUCACCCAGAUCCAUGAGCUGAAGGCCCUGAGGGGCCUGCUGCAGGCGCAGGAGGACGACCGCUUCAUGUUCACCCCCCCAGACCAGGCUCUGUACGUAGCCAUCCAGUCCAUGGGGCUCAUCAGCAGCGGGGCCUUCGCCCCGGUCACCAAAGCCCACGGCGAGGGGCUGAAAACGGCGCUGCGUGGCAAGCCCGCCUCCUUCACCGUCAUCGGCUACGACCACGACGGCGAGCCGCGCCUCUCCGGCGGGGACGCGGUGUCCGCGGUAGCCGUGGCGGUGCCAGACGGCAACCUGUCGGCGGCCGAGGUGACGGACCACCAGAACGGCUCGUACACCGUCGGCUACCUGCCCAAAUGCGAGGGGGAGCACCUGGUGUCGGUGCUGGUGUGCAACCAGCACAUCCAGGGCAGCCCCUUCAAGGUGACGGUGAAGUCGGGGCGGAGCUACGGCUCCCUGGGCAACCAGGUGUCGUCCUUCGGCAGCGAGGGCGAGGGAGACGGUCAGCUGUGUCGGCCCUGGGGCAUCAGCGUGGACAAGGAGGGAUACGUGGUGGUGGCCGACCGCAGCAACAACCGCAUACAGAUAUUCAAGCCCUGCGGUGCCUUCCACCAUAAGUUUGGCUCUCUGGGUUCUCGGCCUGGUCAGUUUGAUCGUCCGGCCGGGGUGGCGUGUGACAGUCAGCGGCGAGUCAUCGUGGCCGAUAAGGACAAUCACCGCGUGCAGGUGUUUACCUUUGAGGGCCAGUUCCUGCUGAAGUUUGGGGAGAAGGGCACCAAGAACGGGCAGUUCAACUAUCCCUGGGACGUGGCCGUCAACUCCGAGGGCAAGAUCCUGGUCUCGGACACCAGGAACCACCGCGUGCAGCUCUUCGCCCCCGACGGCUCUUUCCUCAACAAGUACGGCUUCGAGGGGGCCCUGUGGAAACACUUUGACUCCCCCCGGGGAGUGGCCUUCAACCACGAGGACCACCUGGUGGUGACCGACUUCAACAACCACAGGCUGCUGGUCAUCCGGCCGGACUGCCAGUCGGCGCGCUUCCUGGGCUCCGAGGGCGUCGGGAACGGGCAGUUCCUGCGGCCGCAGGGCGUCGCCGUGGACCAGGAGAACCGCAUCAUCGUGGCCGACUCCCGCAACCACCGGGUCCAAGUGUUCGAGCCCAACGGGAACUUCUUAUGCAAAUUCGGCACACAGGGGAGUGGCUUUGGACAAAUGGACCGCCCCUCGGGCGUGGCCGUGACGCCCGACGGGGUCAUCGUGGUGGUGGACUUUGGAAAUAAUCGCAUCCUUAAGUUCUAAAAGGAAAAACUGUUUGGUUUGUUUGUUUGUUUGUUUGUUUGUUUGUUUUUUGUUUUUUUGCAUCCUCUCCCCCCGUUGUCCCUUUUUAGCGGUUUCUCUCGAUGAAGGAAACGGGGGGCGAGAGAACGAAUCGACAGACACAACAGGAGGCGACUUGAGGGAGGAUUGAGAGCCCGCCGACGUGAAGGGAAAUUAAAACUACAGAACUUUUCUUUCAUUUAAAAUGCCCCAUUCCCGAUCGGGAUGCCUGUGGUGUGGAUCACGAAGGGGGACCUCUACAAAUUGAUAAUCAAUCGACGAAGCCAUAUUUCCCUUCCCCAAGUCUCAGCGGCUCUGAAUUCUCUCCGGAAGCUCUCCUUAGUUAUCCAUCUCAGGGAUUUUUUCACUUUUCUUGAAAUCUUGUACCCUCUUGCUCCACACCUACCUCAUUUAGCUCUUUAUGAAUGUACUCACAGUCACUGAGCAGAGGUUUUAGUCCGUGAAGUUCUACAAAGAAGAAAAAGCCUACCUCUAUACUUUAUUUAAAAGACGAAAAAAAGAAAAAAGAUAGUGAGUUCAGUUGACGUUUGCACAGGAUUAAAGAAGUCCUUGCUGUGCAUUUUUGAAAAAUAUGAGUUCGCGUGAACCUCCUGAAUGUUGUUGCUGAGGCCGCUGCAGAGGCCCCAUGGUGUGUUCUCACUGGAGGGGGGCGGCCGCGUCCUCCUCCGCGUUUUAGCCGCGUUAGAUUUUCGCUCCUUUUUCUCUCUGGAGCAGCGAGGGGUCAAGAAGAGCGGACGCCGCCACGCGGAACCAGACAGAAUCAAACCCGGGCCGAGCGCUCAGUACUUCUCAGCCUCUCCCUUUUAGGCCCUUUACUGGUGAAUGCUGAUCCGAUGAAUAUAUUGAUAGAAAUCCUCUGAUCAGACCCCCCCCCACGCCCCUCCCUGUCAGUUGCAUGAACAACUAGGACGCAAAGAUAAGUAUGCAAGGAGCGCGGCGUCUCCUCCCAAAAGGUAACGCCCACCGAAGGAUUUUGGUGGGGAAUUUCAUCCGCGCUGUGGAUCCAUUGGCGAUCCUCGCGUAGAGAUUUAAUCAUUUGAAUGACACCUUUUUUCGACGAGGCAUGCUGUGUGACAAAAGCCUCGCGAGCAGACCCCCGACUGGCUGUCCAGAGGACAUUAACAUUAACAUUGCAAUCCUCUGGAUCUCCCCCCCCCCCCCCCGGGGUUUGGUCCAAUGAGAGGGUGCGCUCACAAAGCCCCGCCCUAUUUAUUGACGCUGUUGAGUCGAGGAGACCUCUCCAGGCCGAGCGCUAGUAGACCGAUUCCUCUAAAGACGGAGGUCUAUAGACCAACCAAAGGUAGAAUCUCUGCACAAUGGCCGACUGUAGGUUUGGCGAUUUAAAGAAACUUAAAAAUAUAUAUAAAUACAUUCUCUUAAAUUCUCGUUGCUGGGAAGUUUGCGGGUCAUCGGACCGUUCGGCUCAGUAGGAUAAAGUGUGUCGGGGUCACCGUUUGUUCGGGCCCAUGAGCCGGGUUUCGUCUGCACCAAAGAGACCUCAACCCGACCUCCUCGUCUGGACUCAAAGUAGCGUCUCAGAUUAGCCUUCGCAUCCCGAUCUAAUCACCGUAGACGCGACACUAGCUCAUUGUGGGGUUUUGAACCCCCCCCCCCUUUUGCCCCUUUGCCCCUUUUUUUUCUUUUCUAAAUGUUUUUCUCUUCGUUCAAUCUGUGUCCCGCUGGAAGCACUAGACAAUUCUGGUUCUGUCGGGAACUUCCUUCGUUCCAAGCAACGCAUCUCGGGACCUGUGCAAAGAACGAGCGCCCGGCUCUCGCCUCUGAGGGGAUUCACGUGGUCAUACCUCACGAUGGGUCGUUUUACCGCCCGUCUCGCGUUCCUCAUCUCCUGAAUACCUCGAGUGGGUCACUCAAAUACCUCAACUGGUUACACAUUCUGAAUACCUCAUUUUGACUGUUUUUUUUUAUUUAAGCAUAGCUGUCGGAUAUUUAUGCAUUAUGAAUAUAGCUCGUUCUUUUGAAAGUGUCUGGUGUUACAGUAGAUGUCCCGUAGCUCUAGGACCAAAGAUCAUGGUACUGUCUGGUGGUGGGGGGGGGGCAAGUCACAUUUCUGUUUUUUCUGAGCGGCUUUCGGUUUAAUCGGAUCUACUGGAAAGUGUCUGCUGAACUUUGCCUUUUUUUUUUAUCGUCAAGAAACCAAAUAUUUCAGAUGAAAGCAUUGUGCCAAAAUGAUCUGUGAGCGUUCCGUGCCAAACAGGGCGGAGCGUCGGGGGCCGCGAGGGACGGCGAACCUCGCUGGACCAUUUUGCCACGGGUGCAGAUGUUAAAUCAGAGCGGCCGAGGAUGCAUCUCCUCUGCCUCGCUCUGUCUCUCUGAUUGAUGCACUUAAGAGGGCUGGGCCCAAUUUAUCUUUUACCUCAAACAUAUGAUGAUGAUGAUGAAAAAUUCCACUUGUGCUGCAUCUGUGGGCUGAGGGCAAGAGGAGGUGGCCUCUUUUAAAGAGAUGAGAACUUCACGAAUCCGCCUUCUUAAUGCACAAGAACCACCUCCGACUUCAGCACAAGUUACGCAUCUUUCAUUCGGUGACCUUUGGGCGGCGCCGCGUCGUAGGGCCGCGGCCCCGCGGCGCGUUAUUGAGGUGCAGCUGUCGGCGCGUUGACAGGGAGCCAGUUUGAUUCCACAGACCAGCUGCUUUGAAGCCGAAAACACUUCAGUUCAGUUCCACCAGUAAGAUUGUCUUUGGCUUUUCAGUGUUACUCUGAAAUGUUUGCAUCUGUUUUUUUUUAUUUUAUUAAAAUAGCAGAAUUAUAUCUUUAAGAUCUAAGGUCUUCACUCUUAAAGAGGGGGGGAAAAUGUAUUUUAAAUUCUUUUUUUUAAAUUUGUUUUUCAUUUUGUUGCAUGCUUUAAAAAGUCCUUGUAUUGUAUUGACGUCGCUCAGACCGGUGUUGAAAAAAGAAAAAACUCGGGGUUGGAAGCCGUCAGCGGGGACGGUUUCGCCAAAAUGUUUACCCAAAGAUGUGCGCGUGCUCGGAUUGCGUUGGAUGGGAUUAACCUUUUGACCUCUGCCGAUUUUGUAUUUCCUGUUCUCCGGAGCACGAACCUGUUCAGCCGGCCGCACACGGAAAAAAGCCGUCAGUGCUUCUAUGACUCAACCUGCUCCUUCUCCUCCCUGCUGAGCGCAGACGAGCUGCUGCGAACCCGCCAGGAGGUCGUGACCUCGUGGCGGGAACGCUCCAACCCCCUUUCCUUUUUUUUUUUUUAAACAUUUUUUUGUUUUAUUUUUAUUGCUGGCCUCAGAAGCCUCACAAAGGCUUUAAGAGACGAAGCUGCACCAGGUGACGUGUUCAAGGUCGUAGACCUCCUCUUAACGAUUGUGAACUCCGGAGACGGAAAGAUGAAAAGAAAAAAGACAAAAAAAAAUCCGAAAAUUUAGAAAGGAGAAAAAAAAAAAAAGUAAAAAACUCAGGUAGUUCUCAGCAGGUGUCUUAUUGAAAAGUGUCCCGUAGUGAUGACGUAGUGACCCCCCCCCCCCACGUGAUGACCUCCCAUUACUAGUCUAAUUAUUUUGUGUGCUCAUUUACAUAUUAUAAAACAAAUUAUCUAAAUAUGAAACAAUUAUUUUGAUUGGUUUCCCUGAUUAAUUUGGGUUAUUUCCUAAAAAAAAAAUGUUUUUUGCCAAUUAUACUUUCUUUUUCAAAUUAAAGUACAAACACUUGACCGCCUGACGUUCACUGGCCCUUUUAGAAUGUAUUUUGUGAAGAAAAGGGUUCAGUGAGAUCACGUGGAUGCUCACUCUCGCCAACCAGCUGCUGGCACAAAACGCACACACACACAACACACAACACUCCCCCUCUGCUUUUGGGGCCAAUUGUCCCCCAGCAGCCGUUGUGUGAGUGUGAGGUGGGACACGUCCUGUAAACCAGCCGGGGGCCUUUUGCUCACCGCGUCCAGACGGGUUGGGUUUUGCGUUGUGUCGCGUUGUCGUAUUGUGUCGCGUUGUCGCGUCCUGCCGGCAGCCGGUUGUGCGCAGUGUGGAUUUUUGUGUUUGUGCGCUGCAUCCGUGAUGUUUUGAGCAGAAAUCCACUGAAUGUAUCCUCCCAACAGUCCACGUGGGGGGACGGGGGACGGGGCAGUGUGGCCGGCUGAGUUUAGAUUGUUGCUGCUGCCGCAUCCUCGUCUGUGUGUGCGUGUGUGUGUCUCCCCCCGUGUGUGUGUUCAGUCAGACCCCCCCCCCCCCCCUCUUCAAACACACUCACACUUCCUGCUGAGUUGUAGUGCAGGUGUCAGGUCUUCAGUCUAAAGUCGGAGGAGACUAUAAUAUUUUGGCCCCCUGCUGCUGUCUCUGUACUCUGUGGACUUUAAACAUUUCCUAUGCAGUUAUUUUCCAUUUGUUUUUUUGUUUACACUUAAAUAAAGUUGUAUUUCUUUGACUUCAAA